UCACCAAGCGAAGGCUACGUCCGUUUCAGUCCCAAAAACCGCAAUACCGUCAUGGCACCCGGUUUUAUAAUUUUUUAAAGAACGUCCAAUAUAUUUGUAAUUGGAGUCACAUUAAAACAGUGAUCUUUUUUUGUACUCAAAUAUUUGUUCAUAUUUGUAUUGGAAACAUGAGUUCAGGUAGACCAAUCAAAUGUGUGGUAGUAGGAGAUGGAACAGUAGGAAAAACAUGUAUGUUAAUAUCAUAUACCACUGACAGUUUUCCAGGAGAAUAUGUUCCUACAGUGUUUGAUAAUUAUUCAGCACCUAUGGUUGUGGAUGGAAUACCUGUUAGUCUAGGACUUUGGGAUACAGCAGGUCAAGAAGAUUAUGACAGGCUUCGUCCACUUUCAUAUCCACAGACUGACGUUUUUUUAAUUUGUUUCUCAGUAACAAGCCCUUCAUCCUUUGAAAAUGUUACCAGCAAAUGGUAUCCAGAGAUUAAACAUCACUGCCCAGAUGCUCCAAUGAUACUUGUUGGAACUAAAAUAGACUUACGAGAUGAUCGUGAAACACUUACUGCCUUAGCUGAACAAGGUCUUAGUGCUAUAAAACGUGAACAAGGACAAAAAUUGGCAAAUAAGAUUCGUGCUGUAAAAUAUAUGGAAUGUUCUGCACUUACACAACGUGGUCUAAAACAAGUAUUUGAUGAAGCAGUUCGUGCUGUUUUAAGACCUGAACCUCAAAAACGCAGACAGAGAAGAUGCAUUAUGUUAUAAACAAUAAAUAAUCAAGAUUCAAUAUAGGUAAAACCAUAUAUAAACUGACAGACUGAAAUUAAUUUUCUCACAAAUAAAAAGAACAAAAUAUGAAUGUUUUG